ACAUGUAGUUUAAGCUCUUGCAGCUGUCUGGGCAGGUUCUGGUGACGGAGAGGAAUAGCGCUCAUUAGCAGUCUGCUGCCAUGGCUGCAUUAACAUCAGCACCACAUGUGGCUUUCUUCAUGUUAUUUUGGAUAUUUACUCUGGCUGCAGACCAUCACGAGGUAACAGUGAAGGCUGGAGAGGACGUCUCUCUUCAGUGUCAGGGUCCCAGAGGUGCUCAGAUUGAAAUGUUGGAGUGGAGCAGAGUUGAGCUGAAGCCAGAUGGUGAAAUCUUCCGGUUCGUACACAACCAGUCAACUACGGACAGCCAGCACCCCUCAUACCGGGGUCGAGUGACCCUGAGUGACCCGGAGAUGAAGGAUGGAGACGUUUCUGUUGUUCUGAAGAACGUCAGAGUCAGCGACACCGGAACAUACCAGUGUCGAGUUGGAAUGAGGGGGGUAGAAGAACCUAAAGUCUACAGCAGCAUCCAGCUAAAUAUCUCAGUCUCAGAAGAGAUUGUGGUGCACCUUGGCGAAAAGGCCACUCUGCCAUGUGAGGCUGCUAAUUCCAACAUCAGAGCUGUAGAGUGGAGCAGACCUGACCUGAAGCCAGAUAUUGUCCUCUUAUACAAUUAUACAUCCCUGGAUCCAGUCCACCAGCAUCCAUCCUUUAAGGACAGGGUGGAGCUGGUGGACAGAGAUCUGAAGGACGGAGACGUGUCUUUAAUUCUGAAGAAUGUGAACAUCGACGACGCUGGAACAUACGAGUGUCGAGUUACAUCAGUUGGUUCAAGACGUAAAAAGAGAGCCAUCAUGGACUCUGAGCCAAUCAGAAUCAUCCGUCUGCAGGUUACAGAGCCAGCAGGUUCUCAUGGAUAUGGUGGAUUGGUAGCAGGUGCACUGCUUUUUGUAGCUGUAGCUGUUGCUGCAGUGGUUGGUGUCCGGAUGUAUAAAAGACGUCGGGACAACAGACCAGGACCACCUGAUGCUGCUGAAACAGGAGACACUUCAACUCCUCUCACAACUCAUAGAGCUGCUCAGUAAAACCCACGUACUUUUUUUCAAGUAAAAAAUAUUCUUUUACUAAAAAGACAUUUUACUCAGGUACAAGUAAUGUUGCUUUAAAGCAAAGGAUAGGUGACGUAACUUAAAGUACUUUUACUUUCAAUACAUUUUCCUCAAAAUUAAAAUGACUCACUUAGUGUUCUUGCAAAUGGUGCUCAGAUAAAAGAUAAGUCAUUAAAAUGUUCUUUAAGAGCAGAAUGAAGCAGCCAACACCGAGAUGUUCAGACAAUAUAAACUCAGCAGUAAUACACAGAAAUUCUUUUGCUACAAAACAGAAUGUACUAGCAAUGUACUCAGCAUUUAUCUAUCACUGAAAGCUUUAAACAGGAAAUGAUGUUUCUUUAGUUAUAGUAAAUAUCAGCAGACAGAGCACUCCCCAAAUAUCUUCUAAUCCGGUGUAGAGAGCUCUUCAUCAUGUCAUCUGUCUGUGUGUUUGAUCAGGUCAUGUUACGCUCAUUUAGGAUUUUAGUUUUCUGCUCGGCCUUAUAAAGGUUCAUGGCUUCUGCUUGGAAUAAUAUACUUACAGCUAAUGAUAUGAAAUCAAAUUAACUAAGGAGUUGAUGACAUUGUGAAUAUUGUUGUUAUUGUAAUUAUAAAAUCAUCUGAUGCAGCUCAGAAUAUCUCAGGGAAACAUAGAGGACAAGUCUGUCUCUAAAUAAGACCUUACACUGGAUUUAUUAUCUACUAAGUAGAAAUACAUGAUGUUUGCAAAAGGAAAUGUUAUGAAAUGAUAAUUAUUUAAAAGUGACGAUCUUUGAAAGCAGUUGAUAAUUAUUUAAUAUGAAUGGAUGAAAUAAUAAUGAUCUGAGACAUGAUGGAAGUUGAUAACUCAGUUUUAACAUUCAGAUACCUUAAUGCACUUUAAACUGUUAAAUAAAUAAUUUAUUUUGGAUUCUCAAGUUUUUACUUUUAUAUAUUCUGUGUUUUUUGUUGUUUUUUAUGAACACAAAUAAAGCAGUUUAAAAUAUC